UCUUGUUCGAUGUCUUGUUUUGGUGCAAGAGCUCCGGCUUAUAGCGUAUUUGACGUACACCUGUUAAUUUCAAAUGUUGCUGGGAUUGCGAAAAUAUUUGUCGUUUAUUUAUCGACACUACAUCGAAAUCUAUACUGAUCCUUUUCACUGUCACAUGUACCCUCUAAGUUAAGCGGUUUGCUCGAACAUAAAUCCAAUAUGUCUAAGCGUCGUGGAUGGAGGCAUCCCAAACAAGAUCACAGUGUUUAUGUGCAACAGUUGUUUAAAGAUUUUCUUGCCCGUAACACUGUUAAUUCCAUUGCAAAUCCCUCAAUUGAAACGCGGAAGAACUUUUCCCGUGCCGAAAGCAAAAUUUCUGAAAAUUGCAAACAACGAGGUAUAUUUGACCGUGCGGUUUAUGCGCGCUUUGAGCGUAAUACAAAUUGUGGAGGCUUUAUUCGUCAAGAACCAACGCGCAGAUCGAAAACAGGAUUAAUGCGAUGGAUUGAUCAGCAGUGCAGCAAACACGAACAACGAGCUGUAAUUCAGAAAACUUCUCGAAAGGAUGAUUACCUGAAUUUGCCUGGCAAUUUUUUUUCCGGGACAGAACAAAUGAAACUGCCGUUCGAUAUGGCUGACAGGACGCUAGGCAAUGUGACGAACAACUUUAUCCCACCAGCAACAUCGACACCUUUCGAUCGUUUGACUUCUUUCGGCGUGUCGGGGGUAUUAUCUGAUCCAGACGAAUUUCAGACUAAUCAGCCCAAUCAAAAGAAAAGUGCCUGCUUCAAAUCUACCAUAUGGGAUACUUUUUUAAAAAGUUGCGUAGAAUAUUUUAAUAUCAUAGCUAAAGAGCACGGUUGUCAAAGCGCUUUAAACUUACGAGAUGAUAUGGAAACGCUUCUGAGAAAAACAGGCUCAAACCCACCCUUGCAUCAGUUGUUCAAAUUAGAAAUGCAAAAAGAACCUCAUCCCACAACACCUGGAAAAAAGAAAAUUGACGUUACACCCAUUGUUAGCAAGAAUCACCAGUUGACUAACAAGAAGAAAUAUCCUCCAAUCAUUGCUCAUAGUCGUCCCAUAUCGGUAGUACCUCCUAAAACAACGCAUAAUCAAACUUGCGUCACCGUGGACGAUCUUAUGCUGGAAACAGAUUCAACUGCUAUCGACCAAAAUAUUCCGAACAAUUUUCCUUUUUUCAUGGAAACUUGUUCUCAAAAACUUCCACACGUAGAUGCAACCCAAGACGAUUUACUGCUUACUGCAUCUCCACCUUCCCCAAUCAGAUUCGCACGCCAUGAACAUCCACGAUGCUUGUACGAUGAAUCCACCUUUCUUGUAGAUCUAAUUGCCAGGGACGAUUUCUUGACGGAAAAACUGGAUGGGUUGCUUAAGGAUGAAGAUUUCAACAUCGAUGGAAUUAGUACCGACCGAAGAUUUGAUUUUGGCACUCCAUCUAAUGAAACGAUAAUGAACAAUACUUUUCCAAAUCAUUUUCAAACGAUUAACUAUCUUGAGUCAAACGAAAAUUUUGCAGGCACCCCGGUAUAUUUAUCGCAAGAUAUAUUGGCUGCAACAACAAUACAGGACUCCCAGGAAGCUAUGUUCUGAUAACAAUUAAGUACCUUCAUAAGAAAAAACAAUUAAAUUUUCAAAUUGUUCAACUCCUCGAUGAUGUCCAUGUGUUUGAACUUAUCCGGAUGUCUAGUAAACGUUUCAAGCAGAUGCAAUUUAGAUACAUUCUUCUGACAAUAAUAAAGUUGGACUUGAUUUGCUAAA